ACUGCUGUUUAUAUGGUUCAGUCAUUCUAUUCGUGCAUACAAAAAUGAUGCGAACACUCUCUGUGUCUAGCAUAUUGCUGUUGAUCGCAUCGUGUGCAUUCGCUAACGAAACUGCGUCGGCUUGCGAGGGCUUUGGCUAUGAACUUGUGCAAACAAAGCUGGAUUACUUAGAAUAUCGUUUCACAGAAUUGUUCGUACAACUGAAAGAACAAGAUGAGCUCUCUGCCAAUAACCAGCGCCGCAUUGAAUCCGAGCAAAGGGAGCUGAACCGUAUUGUUGAUCGUCAUGAGCGUAGGAUUGUGAAUCUGGUGGAAGGUAUGAAUGACGCGUUCGGUACGAAUGUUAGUCUCAUCAACGACCAAACUCGACAAAUUCUGGAACUGCAAACGAUCUGUUCCAACCAUGAUUUUAUUUGGAAAACUUUGCACAAUAUUCGACCCAAAACAGGGCUUCCAUUUUGCUCAGAAGAUUCUGCCCGAGCUUCCGUACUGUGUAGAAUGACUAUUGCAGAGCAACCAACGACCGUGCAAAUGGAACGCCAUCGUUUUGGUGGUGAUUGGCUGAUGGUUUUGCAACGGUUCGAUGGUUCGGAGAAUUUCAACAGAAAUUGGACCGAUUAUCGCAAUGGAUUUGGAACGGUUGGACGAAAGUUUUGGCUGGGGCUCGAACGUCUGCACCAGCUGACGAAGAACUCCGCGUACGAAGUACUCAUGGAAAUGGAAGAUUUCGCGGGGAACUACCGGUAUGCCAGGUACACGAAGUUCAGUGUUGGAUCGGAAGCUGAGCAGUAUUCUGUGAAAGAUUUGGGUGUAUACAGUGGAACGGCAAGUGAUUCAUUCACAACGCACAAGGGAAGGACGUUUUCGACUACAGAAACUGGUCAGUUGAAGAAUUGUGCAGUGAGCUAUACCGGCGGUUGGUGGUACUACCCCAGCGUCUGCUACGAUACUCACCUCACUGGAACAUGGGCGAGCGUUAAUGAAUGGACUUCAAUAGUGUGGAAAAAGUUUGGCUCGCCGGACAAUCUUGCUUUAAAGUUUGCUCGAAUGAUGAUCCGAAAGACGUAAUCAACUACACCUGUAUAUUUGAAGAAAUAGAUUUUUGCAUUUAUUAUACAGACAAUGAAUAUUAUCACUAUAAAUUUUGAAUUUAUUGGAAGCACAUUUUAGUGCUGCAAUCAGUCUGACACCACCGUUACGAUGGAACCACAAAUGAAAAUCACAUCGUUGUGAUUCCUGCUGGUGGUCAUUUCCACACUGAAUAUGUUCCAAUCGACGCUGGUGGAUACCACCCCACAAGUUCCAGUUGAAAAUCUUUAUAAAUCAUCUGCUAUUACAACUGAUGCUGAUCCAAAACCGCAAGAAGUCAGGAAUUGGUCUCCGUAUGGUGGAAGUGAACAAAGCUAAAGUAGGGUUAAAACCAAAGGAAAGUGCAAUGGAACGGGUAGAGGCAAACACAACAAAUAAGGAAAAGUAAAUUCAAAUAAUGCAAAGCAUGUAACACUUAUACCCCUUUGAAUAAUGGGAAUUAUUUAAAUACAAACAGAACAUAAAUAGUUUUUGCGCAAAAAAUGUGAAUUUUGUUUUAGCUCGAGAAAUGAUUUUCCCAACGCCGACCGAACGGUCGAACGUGAUUUGUUCCCCUUGAAUAUCUCAUCCCACAAAACUAGCGAAGCAGCGGUUCAAUUAUUUAGGCAUCAUUAAUAAAACGAAACACGGGUGUUUAGCUCACUCGUGGUGCAAGCAUAAAUACUCCACCUACAACUUGUAACAUGCUACAUUUCUGGCUGUAAAUUGAACCUAUCUCCUGGUCUCCCCCGUACCAUAUCAGUAGCGUGCGUAGUGAGGGUUUUUUUUAUUAUGAAAUUAUAAUUAGGAAUGUUAAAAAGCAAAUUUAAAAGAGCAUCAUCCAAUUCAUUAAGCUGCCUAUAAUCGCAUAUCAGUCCCAUGUUUGCUGGGUUUCCUAUUUAAAUGGAACAGUUAUGUGAUCAUAAUAGGCAUUUAACGAGGUAGACACUUCGUCGGUGUUCCACAUACUUCAUUUUGAUCCAACCAACGUUGCGCGUAUUAGCCUAAUUAGUCUCGCCGGAAAACCGUGUUCUAGCAUAAUCUGCCAAAGCUCAUAUUUUACACUGCAUCAGUUAUUAUUACCUGACAUCAAUGAAUAGAUGGUGUCCCUUGCAAGUUAUACUCCCGCAGUUUGUAUAGGAUCAUGUGCAGCUGUUGAUCGGCCGUCACUAAAAGCAGCCUGGUAUUCGCCGACGAUGGGCUCCUUAAGAGGUCUCAGUCUGUUGAAAAGAAUACGUGACAAUGUCUUGAACGCUGAAUACAGAAGUUUAAACCUUUUGAAAUUAGUACAUUAUACUAGUGUGUGCCAUUCAUUAUUGGUUGAAAAUAUGAAGAAAUUCAAUCAGCUUGUGAGAAAUGCUUAAUCCUUCCUCUUCUUCAUGAGAAUCUGGUGGAUUGGUGGAUACUGCUGGUCG